AUGUCUGAAUUAUACUUCUUUCGGCAUGCUCGACGUAUAGAUCAUGAUUUAAAAUCAAAUGCUUCUGCCACACCAUUAUUUUCAGAUUAUCAACCUUAUGAUCCAUCAUUAUCCACCACUGCCAUCCCUCAAAUUCAACAAAUAGCUCAUGAAAUCUUAUCUACCACAACAGCCUUCGAUGAUGAUACCACCACCACUCAACGUAAGAAUGUCUUCAUUCAUUUUAGUCCUUAUUUAAGAUGUUGUCAAUCAGCAGAUUUAUUAGUAACUUAUUUAAAAAAAUACCUUUCAGAAGCUUAUCCUCAUUAUAAAAUUAAAUUCAGUUUACUUUGUGAUUUUGCCUUAAGUGAAUGGGUUCAUGAUAAAAUGAGAAAUAAACCUCCAUUUCAUGAUUCAAAUGAUGCUUAUGAAAUGUAUACUCCCAAUCUUAAAACUUUACAAAAUAAAAACUGUUGUUCAAAUUUCAGACCUACUAAUACUUUAGGAGGUUACAAUGGUCAUUAUUUAAGUUAUAGUGAUUAUCAAUCAAGAUGCAAAACUUAUUUUCAAAAAUUAUUAGCCACGUAUGAUAAACCGAUAUAUUUAAAAAAUAGAGAUUUGGUCAUUAUAAUAUCUCAUGGUUAUGCCAUUAAUAAUUUUUUAUCAUAUUUCAUAAGUCAUCCUAUAUUUGAAGAAAUCCCAGAAUCAAAAUUAAAUUUCGCCAGUCGAGUAUUAAUUGAUAAAGAUGAUAUGUUAUCUGAAGAAGAUGAAUUAAAUCCAGAACAUUAUACUUGGAAAUUAUUUAAAGAUGCUUUAGAUUUAAUGGAAAGAGAACCUGAUCUUGAUACCACUUUGAAUUUGGAUUCAGAUAUUGUCUAUUAUAAAACCAACUUUAUAAAGCGUGAUGAUUAUAUUCGAGGUGAUUUCACUAAUCCUAUUGAUCAUAAUUUAAAAGAAGAAGAUGAAAGACCAAGACCUUCAUUCAAAAUGUAUCAACCAAAACCAAGUGAUAAAGCUCUCAUCGCUAAUAAAGUUCAUAAACCUAUCAAUUAUAAUCAUAUAUGUCCUGCUGCCAAAGAUUGGGAUCCUAAAAAGAUCAAAGAAUUUCAAAUUAAGAAUGAAUUUCUUUUAAAAAUGAUUAAUGAUGAAGCAUUUAAAAAGAAUUUCGAUUUAAGUCGUCAUCCAUCUAAACCUAUUACACCUGAAGUAUCACCAAAUUCAGAACCAAGUAGGAAUAACUCCGUUAUUGAUUUAUCAAAAUUAGUGGAAACUGACGAGAAUUAUAAACCGCUUAAAUUACGAUAUUCAAGUAGUCCAGACGUUUCAAUCCAUGAUUUGAAUUCCAAAGUGAAUUCUCAAGUUAAUCUUGCCCAAUAUCGUCGUUCACCAACUGCUUCGUCAAAUGAAGGUUCAGCUGUCGAUUUAGCAAGGUUAAUGGCAGCCAUAAAUAUGAGACCAUUAUCUCAACCUGGUGCUAUUCAAAUACAAAGAUUCGAUGAUUAUGGUUCAUCUUCCAAUGAAGAAGGUUCAACUCUGGACUUACCUACAUUAAUAAAUAAUUUCCGAAAGAGAUCAUUAUCAAAUCCUGCUAAUGUUACCGUUCAACAUAAUGCUAAGGAUUCAUAUUUUCCUCUGACAGUAGUGGGAUUGGCCAAAUCAUCAAGUUCAGAAACAUCGUUAGUAUCACCUAAACUUGGAUCUAAUGAAGAAUUGGAUGUUAUAAAGGAACAUCAUAAUGAAGUUUCCAAUUCAGUCUUGCCACCUAUAUCAGCCAUAUCAAGAUCAAGAUCAUUGAAUCAUAAACGUGAAAGUCCAUAUUUCCUUACUAGACUUCAGAAGGAAAAAGAUGAGAGUUUGAAUGAACGGUUAUUUUCAUUAUCAUUCAAUGAUCCGAAGAACAUUAAUAAUAAUAGUAAUGGUUCUGCGUUGACCAAGGUUAAAUCAGGAAAGGGUAGUCAUACAUCAUCACCUCAUGAAGGUAGGUCAAGAGGUAAUUCAAUCAAAUUCAUACCGUCUGUAUUAUCCUAUGAGGAUAAAGAUAAAGAUAACACUAUAGAAUCGAAAAUGAAAACAAAGAUCAAGCCAUUGUUUUAUAAUCUUGAUUCUGAUGAAGACGAUGAAGAUGAAUUCAUAUCUGAAUCAGACAGUCCGGAAAGCAGUUCAGAGAAAAGGAAACCAAAUGAUUAUAUAUGGUUUGGAAAUAAUAGAAAUUAA